GAAGAGCAGCGUUUUUAUUAUUCAACUUGAAAGCAUGUUGGAGUAGUGGAGGCUUGCUGUAGUUUAUUAAGCGCUAUAACCGGUCUCAGGACCAAAGUGCGAUUUUUCAGCUUUCCAGCAAAACACUGAAGCUCUGGUCACUGAGUUAAUUAACAAAGAGGCGUCGCAUGGCAUGAGGAGCAGCUGCAAGACGAGUAAACAUCACCUUCAGCAUCAUUUCCUGACACGUGUUCGUAUGUUCACGGCGUUUUCACACAGGCAAACCAGCCUAAGAAAUAUUAGUAUCAUCCUCAGUGGUGCGGGGGGGGGAAGCUCAGUACUGUUUUCCAUAUCCUUAUUUUUGAAGUGGCUUACUUCCAUUUAAAGUCCCAGCAUCAGCGUUGUUUAAAACUCUUGAAAUGAGCUCUGCAGCAGAUAGUUCAUGCUCUUGGACACAUGCUCCUGAUCCUGCUGUCUCACAGCAUUGUGAGGAUGAGCGCAUAGAUACUGAUGUGGGGAACUCGAGCUCCAUGGAGCAUGUCUCCUUUGUGGAUGAGCAGAAUGCAGGAUUCAAGAUGGGGCCUCUAAAAGAAGAGCCUGAAGACAAAGAUUAUCUCUGUGGAGGAACAUCGGGCUCUGUUGGACACUUCAUCCAGAACAUGGAAUUUCUGAAGAAUCCUAUAAAGGUGGAAGAUUUGGAAAAUAAACUUGAAGAGGAAGAUUCUCACUGUGAAGGAACAUCGAGCUCUGUUGGACACAUGGUCCAGAAUGCCGACUUUCUGAAGAAUUCUAUAAAAGAGGAAGACUUGGAAGAUGAAGACUACUUGUACUGUGAGUAUUGUAAGGUCUUCUUCAUAAACAAAUGUGAAUUUCAUGGUCCGGCUCUCUUCAUCCCUGAUACUCCUGUUCCCCUGGGCGUCGCUGACAGAGCCAGACAAACACUCCCACCCGGACUAGAGAUACGGGAGUCUGGUAUUCCUCAUGCGGGUCUGGGAGUGUUUAAUGAAGGGGAGACUGUUCCAGUUGGUGCACAUUUUGGACCCUACCAGGGAGAUCUGGUAGACGGAGAGGAAGCUAAGAACAGUGGGUAUUCCUGGGUGAUAUUUAAGAACAGUCUGCAUGAGGAAUACAUAGAUGCUAAGAGAGAGGUGCAUGCUAACUGGAUGAGAUAUGUGAAUUGUGCUCGUAUUGAUGAGGAGCAGAACUUGGUAGCUUUUCAGUAUCGAGGGGGGAUUCUGUACCGUUGCUGUCGACCCAUUAAUCCAGGACAGGAGCUGUUGGUGUGGUAUGAUGAGGAGUAUGCCAAAGACCUUAGUGUUGUCUUUGACUACCUCUGGAACAAAAAGCGUUCUCCAAAUGAAAUCAAUGACAGCCUGUUGCAUGUCUCUUCGUGCUCCUUGUGCCCACUUUCCUAUACGUCAGAGAAGACUCUCCACAGACACAUGAGAAGAUGCCACCCUGAACAGCAUGUGAAACCGACUGAACCAAUUAUGCAUGAUCGGACACCCACAGUAAGCUUCAGUGUUGAACAAGUAUCCUCUGGUACUCUCCUCACUAGCAGCUCUCAACAACAGAUGCAGAAGGAACUGCACAACUGCUUAGAUUGUGGAAAGAGUUUUCUUCUUCAGAGUGGUCUACGACAACACCAGUGUGUUCACAAAAGCCAGAAGUCGUAUCACUGCUCACAGUGUGGGAAGAGAUUUCAUCUUGAAACCGCUUUCAAACGACACCAGCGCAUUCACACAGGAGAGAAGCCGUAUCGCUGCUCACAGUGUGGAAAGGGUUUUGCUCAUAAGAGUCACGUCAAACUACACUAUCGCAUUCACACAGGAGAGAAGCCGUAUCAUUGCUCACAGUGUGGAAAGGGUUUUGCUCAUAAGAGUCACGUCAAACUACACUAUCGCAUUCACACAGGAGAGAAGCCGUAUCCCUGCUCACAGUGUGGAAAGAGUUUUUCUCAACAGAGUCACCUCCAAACACACCAGCUUGUUCACACAGGAGAGAAACCGUAUCACUGUUCACAAUGUGGAAAGAGUUUUACUCGUAAGACUCAAGUCAAACUACACUAUCGCAUUCACACAGGAGAGAAGCCGUAUCACUGUUCACAAUGUGGAAAGAGUUUUCCUCAUCGAAGUACCUUCAAACUACACCAACGCAUUCACACAGGAGAGAAGCCGUAUCACUGCUCACAGUGUGGAAAGGGUUUUGCUCAUAAGAGUCACGUCAAACUACACUAUCGCAUUCACACAGGAGAGAAGCCGUAUCACUGCUCACAGUGUGGAAAGAGUUUUUCUCAACAGAGUCACCUCCAAACACACCAGCUCAUUCACACAGGAGAGAAACCGUAUCACUGUUCACAAUGUGGAAAGAGUUUUACUCGUAAGACUCAAGUCAAACUACACUAUCGCAUUCACACAGGAGAGAAGCCGUAUCACUGUUCACAAUGUGGAAAGAGUUUUACUCAUCUAAGUACCUUCAAACUACACCAACGCAUUCACACAGGAGAGAAGCCGUAUCACUGCUCACAGUGUGGAAAGGGUUUUGCUCAUAAGAGUCACGUCAAACUACACUAUCGCAUUCACACAGGAGAGAAGCCGUAUCCCUGCUCACAGUGUGGAAAGAGUUUUUCUCAACAGAGUCACCUCCGAACACACCAGCUCGUUCACACAGGAGAGAAACCGUAUCACUGUUCACAAUGUGGAAAGAGUUUUACUCGUAAGACUCAAGUCAAACUACACUAUCGCAUUCACACAGGAGAGCAGCUGUAUCACUGCUUGGACUGUGGGAGGAAUUUUCAUCUUGAAACCGCUUUCAAACGACACCAGCGCAUUCACACAGGAGAGAAACCGUAUCAGUGUUCGCAGUGUGGAAAGAGUUUUACUUAUCGAAGUACCUUCAAACUACAUCAACGCGUUCACACAGGAGAGAAGCCGUAUCACUGCUCACAGUGUGGAAAGGGUUUUGCUCGUAAGAGUCAAGUAAAACUACACUAUCGCAUUCACACAGGAGAGAAGCCGUAUCACUGCUCACAGUGUGGGAGGAGUUUUUCUCAACAGGGUCACCUCCAAACACACCAGCUCGUUCACACAGGAGAGAAACCGUAUCACUGUUCACAGUGUGGAAAGAGUUUUACUCGUAAGACUCACGCCAGACAACACUAUCGCAUUCACACAGGAGAGAAGCCAUAUCACUGCUCACAGUGUGGGAGGAGUUUUACUGAAAAGGGUUAUCUCCGAAUGCAUCAGCGCAUUCACACAGGAGAGAAGCCGUAUCACUGUUCACAAUGUGGAGAGAGUUUUACUCAUCGAAGUACCUUCAAACUACACCAAUGCAUUCAUACAGGAAUGAAGCCGUAUCACUGCUCACAGUGUGGAAAGAGUUUUUCUCAACAGAGUUCCCUCCGAACACACCAGCUCGUUCACACAGGAGAGAAACCGUAUCACUGUUCACAAUGUGGAAAGAGUUUUACUCGUAAGACUCAAGUCAAACUACACUAUCGCAUUCACACAGGAGAGAAGCUGUAUCACUGCUCACAGUGUGGGAGGAGUUUUACCGAAAAGCGUAAUCUCCAAACACACGAACGCGUUCACACAGGAGAGAAGCCGUAUCAGUGCUCCCAUUGUGGAAAGAGUUUUUAUCAACAGCGCUACCUCCAAAUGCACCAGCGGGUUCACACAGGAGAGAAACCGUAUCUCUGCUUGGACUGUGGGAGGAAGUUUACUUACCAUCACAGUUUCAAACGACACCAGCGCACUCACACAGGAGAGAAGCGGUAUCACUGCUCACAGUGUGGGAAGAGUUUUACUGACGAGUCUAAUCUCAAAACACACCAGUGCACUCACGCAGAAAAGAAACUGUAUCAGUGCCAACACUGGAGAAGAUUUGACUCAUCCAAGUGAUAUCAAACUACAUGAAUGUGUUCACCAGUGGCGGCUUGCCAAUGCGGGGCACUGGGGCACCACCCAUUCUCCAAAUAUCUAGAGAAGGUCUACUUCACCACGUUUUAAUUAUAAAUUCAUUGUAUAAUGCAAAGUAAUUGUGAAAUAUAAAUUUACUCAUACAAUGGACCUGGUAGUCUGUCAGCAUUCAUUAUAAAUUGAUUCCAAACUAUAUUUGCUUAACUUCUGUGUGAAUACAUAUGUUUCCAGGUUACGGGCGCUGCACAAAUGAGUGUCUAUGAAAGGCCUUUUGCAAGCUGGUGACCUGAGACUGGAUUCAGGUCUCUGUGCUCCAGAAACUUUUUUUUUUAAUAAAAUCAUUUUAUUGAAAAUGUACAACACCAAUAUGGCAGCAACAUCAUGUUAUCCUAGUAGAUACUGGGAAUAACAGAGAAAUUUAUCAAAGGGAACAAUUUGAUAAAAAUAAACAACUUGCAGACCUGCCAACCUUUACGCAUUUUGCAUAGCAGAUACGCAUUUAGACAUCAAACUACGCUGCUACAAUUUAAUACUUCAAAAUACGCAAAAAGCCAUUGAUAGCUUUGAGUUCAAAGAUUUUUAAUAUUCCGGUUCAACUGUCUGUGCAUUCGCGCACUAGGCAACUCGUCUAUGGGUGUAACCACAUUGACCAGCAACCUGUAGAGAAAAGAAGACUUCGAUCAAUCACAGCGCUAGUUUUAAACUCUUCAAAUAGGCUUAGGCUAUGAGGCUAAGCGGAGAGCCGAGGACCCGUCAAAACGAAAGUAACGAAAUAGAUUUUCAUCCCUCUCGGUCGAUCUUCAUACUGUGACUGGUUUUACAAGGGAGGACGGUGCUAAACACCGUUUCGAAGGUAAAUUGGCAGGGCAAGGGUAUUGUGAAUAAAGUAAGGACAACUGUCCUAACGUCAUAAUUUAAAGCACAGUGUUCUGCCUUAUCUGAAGGAAAUAUUUGUUCCAGCUUGUUUUGAUAUUUGACCCAGGCUUCUCAAUCCAAAAAAUAUUGCAUAGCCUAAAGUGAAAAUAUAGUAGCCUACUGACAUUUCCAUCCAGUCAACCGAUAGAUGUGUUUAAAAUCUUCUGAACUAGGCUACUAAUGCAUGUGAGAUUCAAUGAGCAGCGCACGAAGUGUUUUCAUGUAAGUGCGUGUGGUGGAUGAUGUGUUUGUGUAUGUGCGUGCCUUGCAGUUAAUAAUACACAUGACGUCAGAUGAGGAUACUGACAGAAAGAGAGAGGGAAGAAAAUCUAAAAAGAAGCGAGUCUAUGUCCCUCAGAAGUUCCUAACGAAGUAUCAAUGGCCAUGCCUCCACCCCUCUAAACUGCCUAAUCAUGUGUUUUGCACAGUGUGCAAUUAUGAUUUUGACAUUAGCUAUCAAGGAAAUGCAGGUAAUAACAUUGCUAACAUAGAAAUGCUUGCAUUUAUAUACAUGGGCAAUUAUUUUUUCCAAAUUAGGCCAGGUCAGUGAAUAUGAAUAUUAUAAAGGCUAUGCUAUUGGAUAGGCCAGAGUAGCCUAUAAUUUAUUU